UUCGCCAGUGAGAUGGCGCAUCUAGAGUGUAACAUCUUUGGUCAGUCUAUGGCUUCAGGGAUGGGAAGUGGCACUCUAUAUCCCAAAUUUGGAAUCACUGGAUAUGAAGGCGCCCUAAGAAAAUUAUUCUGGAAACUCGGCUUAAAUGUCACCUCUGACAAAAAUAAACUUAACCUGACUGACAAAAAAUGUGAUAACUAAUUUAGUUUAAAAAUGUGAAAUGAGUUAUUACUGUUGAUUUUUUAUUAUUAAUUAAAAUUGUUGAAAAGAAAUUACUCCAUCGUUGGUUUUUGAGGGAAUUUUUGUCCCAGAGAUCUAUAGGGAAGAAUUGAUUCCAGUGUGUGUUUCAAUGCUUCAAAGAAAACAAUUUUAAGAUAAUUUUCUACCAAGUGUAUUAUUAAUUUACUCUGUGAGAAGAUUUAUUACGAUUUUUGACAAAUAAAUCGAUAUGGCUGGGUUUGCGUCAAGUUCUCCGGCUCAUCCUUUGAGUUUCACUGGAAGAAAUGUUAUGGCUCGUCAAGGAAGUCUUAUCGAUUUGGAUAUUGACGUGUUUCUGAAAAUUUCCAAUUAUGAAGAUACUGUCAGACAACUUGAUAUUUACUACGGAAUUGUGAAGCGUCAAAUUCUGCAGUAUCAAAGCUGCAUAACAGGAUUGUUUCCUCAAGUCUCGAACGACAAACUUGUGGGAAGUGUGAGGGAAAGUAUUUAUUGUGCAGCAUCUAUUUGGAGUUUAUAUCAAGCAUACAGACGUAUAGACGACGACAGAGGAAAAUCGUACGAAUUGGGUCAAUCGGCUAUAAAAUGCAUGCGAGGAAUUUUAGAAUGUUGGAUGAAACAAGCGAGCAGAAUCGAAUUGUUCAAACGAAAUCAGUGCGAUCGUUUUGCCCUGCACUGCAAAUUUCACCUCGACACCGGUAGCGAAAUUCUCAAAGACGAAACCUACAAUCAUCUUCAGAUUGACGUCGUUUCUUUGUAUCUGAUUUUCCUGGUGCAAAUGAUAACGUCAGGUCUGCAAAUAAUUUACACGCAAGACGAGGUGGCCUUCAUCCAGAAUCUGGUCUAUUACGUGGAGAGAGCCUAUCGAACGCCCGAUUAUGGAAUGUGGGAGAGAGGGAGUCGCUACAAUGACGGGACGCCCGAGAUUCACGCGAGUUCGAUUGGAAUGGCCAAGAGUGCCUUGGAAGCAAUCAAUGGUUGCAAUCUCUUCGGCGAGAAGGGAGCUUCCUGGUCUGUCAUAUACGUUGACAUUGAUGCUCACAAUCGAAAUCGAAGUAUUUUCGAGACAAUGUUGCCGAGAGAGUCGAGCUCAAAGAGUGUCGAUGCAGCGUUGCUGCCAACGAUUUCAUUUCCCGCUUUUGCGACACACGAUGAUUUACUCUAUACUGAAACUAAAGCCAAUAUUGUCAGAAGACUCAGAGGAAAUUACGGAUUCAAGAGAUUUGGCAGAGAUGGAUUUAAAACUGUUUUGGAAAAUCCGGAACGUCGCUAUUACAGGCCCGGCGAAAUCAAAGAGUUUGACAAUAUUGAAAGUGAGUGGCCCUUGUUUUAUAUCUUAAUGAUAAUAGAUGGGGUGUUUAAAUCUCUUCCGGAGCAAGUAGAAGAGUAUCAGAAUUUGUUGAAAGCGAGAAUUCACAGGGAUAUCAACGGAGAUCCGAUCGUUCCCAUGUAUUUUUACGUUCCCGAGGAGAAUCUCGAGCAGGAGAGAAAUGACCCAGGAAGCACAGUUCGAUUCCUGAGCUCUGAGGCGAAAAGACAGCGAAAAACCUCGAUGGAAUACGAAGGACCCCACAUUUAUCUUUGGAAUCAGGCGAUGUUUAUAAUCGCUCAGCUGCUCACGGCAGAUCUUCUUCAUAUCAACGAAUUGGACCCGAUUCGUCGUUAUCUUCCUUCUUACAACAGACCGAGAAGAGCUGGCAGAUAUUCUGCUUUUCAGGCAAAGCCGAGCAGUGGAACUCACACGGAUCUUGUGGUGCAAAUAGUUUUGAUAGCGGAAUCAAUGAGACUUCAGGCUAUGAUGGGAACAUAUGGGAUUCAGACACAAACGCCCCACGAAGUGGAACCAGUCCAAAUUUUAUCUUCUUCUCAGUUGGUCAAAGUUUAUCAAAAACUGGGUAUUAAUUCGAAAAUGAAUCUGCAGGGACGACCGGCUCGUCCAAUUGGAUCACUAGGAACCAGCAAAAUUUACAGAGUCUGUGGCAUGACAGUCCUCUGUUAUCCUCUGAUUUUUGAAGUCUCCGAUUUUUAUUUAUAUCGAGACAUGGCUUUAUUAAUAGACGAUAUCAAGACGGAGUUACAGUUUGUUGGAAAAUACUGGAGACUGUCGGGUCGACCGACAGUUUGUUUACUCAUUAGAGAAGAGCACAUGAGAGAUCCACAAUUCAAGGAGAUGCUAGAUUUAUUCGCAAUGUUAAAAAAAGGAUACUGCGAUGGAAUUAAAGUCCGGAUAGGAAGAUUACAAAAUCUGCUCUCGUCUUCGUGUAUAGAACACUUGGAUUUUCUGAGUACAGGCGACCUAGAUCUUGAAUUAAAUCCGUUCAAACAACUGGAACAUGAUUACAUUGGAUAUCAAAGUCUCACAGACGUUCCGAGAGCCUUGUCAUAUUCGGAGGAUAUUCAAGAUUAUUCUCACUUGCAAGAGGAACCUCUGUACACGCUUCUGAAUGAAAUUCGAAAUUCAGAAGGUCUUUUUGCAAAAAGUCAGCUUUAUGGAAUUUUGCUCAAACGUGAAGGGAUUAAUUACGAAUUUCAUGGAAUGACAGUUGGAGAUCAUUUGAGGGCUUUGUACCAACAAGCGGGAGGUUUGAGAUACUGGCUGGCUGUUCGAUACUGCAGCAGCUUGUUAAACCACACAGUUGACAGUAUCAGUCCUUUCAUCACGGGAGUCCUCGUCAAAGGAAAACAGAUAACUGUGGGUGUUAUUGGUCACGAAGAAACAGUUUUCGACAAGCCAAUGACUCCAGCUGAAAUUCAAUCAGUCGUUUAUUCUACGAUCCAACCGCACAAUGUCGUCCAGGCAGUUCUUCAGCAAGAAGUUUUGCUCUAUUGCGGUCGAUUGAUAGGGACGAAUCCCGAAAUGUUCCGAGGGAUUUUGAAAAUUCGUAUCGGAUGGGUUUUGGAGGCGAUGAAACUCUACCUGAAGAUGAUUAAGAAUAACCCCCAACCAAUCGAGAAUUACAGUCCUUACGAAAUUAGGCAGUUUCUCAUCAAAGUUCUCACAGUGAAGGAUUGGGCCACUGACGAGAACCUCUCGGUUCUUGGAAGAAGAAAAAUAGAAGGAAGUUUGUGCAGAGUGCCUGUUCACUUUUACAAUCAAGUUUGGGAAGUUUUGUGUCGCUGUCCCGCUGGAAUUUGUGUUAAUGGGCGAGAAUUGCCUCAACAACCGACUGUCUCGAGUAUGACGAGAUCGGAAAUAACUUUUGCUCUUCUCGUUGAAUCUAUCCUCCAUCAUAUUCAAAUGCCAGAGUUUCGACAAAUUAUUGUUGAGUUGCUGAAUAUAGUUUCGACGAUUCUGAUGAGAAACCCGGAAUUGACUUUUCAGAGACAAUUGGAUUUGAACAAACUCGUCGAUGAUGCUUUUGAUAUGUUCUGCAAAGAUAACAAGUUGCCAAAAUCAACCGACAUUUCUACCUUCUUUUCUGCUCAUUAUUCAUUAACAACAGGCUGUUUGGCCAGAGCAGUUGUAAAUAAUGUUCUCACUGGAGGAAGUGUCAUGAAAGAUAUUAACUUGGACACACAUACAAACGAAAUGUGCAAAAUCACUUAAAUCAUUUACUUUUCUUUUCUUUUUUUAUGGUUACUCUCGGGAAUGGGAUAGUUUUGUCCAUUUUAGAUAACUUUUUUUUAUAUAAUAGUGCAUGAAAUUUAAAAAAAAAUUACAGUACAGUUACAACAUUUCUUGAAUACUUAAUAUCUGAGAAAAAAAGUAUUGAAAACAUGCGACAAAAUACUACGUGUCUGUGUACUUGACUCGUAACAUCAGGAAAAAAGGUCCAAUCAGUCCUGGAUGGCUUAUUUGGAACGUUGAUUGACUGAGCAGUAUUUACUUUCUCUGUUUUGUCCAAUCAGAAGUUCCUCAUUUUUGAGUGAAAAGUUAACAAAGGAUAUGUUUUAUAAAUUAAAAAUGAUGUUUACACGUAUUUCAAAUAUGUAAUUAAAUUGAGUGUUGAGUUCUCUUUUAAUUUCAUUGUUAUUCUUUAAAAGACAGAAAAUCAUGCCAAGAAUUUUAGAAUAAUUUUCUGUAAACAAAGCAUCGAGUGAAAAAAUCAAAUGCUGUGAGUUUCCAAGUAGUUUUAGUGAAAAGAUUUUUGAGCGCUUUAGUUUACUUUACUUUUCUGAGAUAUGUCUUAGGCUUGUAUAUUGUAAAUUGUACUUUCCAAAAUACUGUGAUGUGCCAUAUUUGCGAAUCCUCCGAAUAGUUCUUAAAAACCUUUAUAAUCUACGUAUUUUGGUUUGAAGCCUCUUCUGUGUAAAUAAGAGUGAACAAUAAAAUAUAUUUUAGUCAGAAA